AUGGCGGCGGAUAGGAUGAGACGGUUGCUGCAGCAGCGGGUGUUGGGUGAAACCGCGGGGCCCACAAACGAUGAGGGCAUCACGCCAACGAGGGCCGCCAGCGAGCAUCGCGAUACCGGCAUGCAGCUUCGUGUGAACGGUGGGAAGCAGCCUGGAGUCGAGGAUUGCAGCGUCCAAGGCUUGACUACGUUGAUUGCGCUCUCGACUCGCCAUGACCGCCUUGGAAACAUCAACAAUGCGCUCGGUCGCAUCCUCGAGCUUCCCAUGGAGCUGCAAUUCAUCAUCCUGCGCUUCCUCAACUUUGGUGACCUCGAGCGCCUGCGCCGAACCUGCCACUUUUUCCGCGAUAACAUCACAAAACCGAUGAUCCGCGAGCUCUUUCCCAGCCUCAAGUACGAGCUGCUUUCGACUUGCUACCAGUGCCUCUGCUACGACCCGCUCCGGGGGCGUCUUGUGAGGCCCGAGGAGACGAAUGAGCGCUAUCCCUUCGCCAGCGAAUGCCUCGACUGCGUCGCCAAGGGAAGGGGAUUCAUGGUUGGCCAUAAAAUCACGCUGGGCGAUUUUACGUAUGUGUGGGUGUGUCGGUGGUGCGGGUACCCUAUUUCGUAUGAUGGCGCGUGGAAUCAACCCGAGUUCCAUCACCGCUGCUACAGGAGGUUUCACAAGGUCUUGUUCUACUUUUUCCUGGUGGGAUGUGCGCAGUGGGUUGCUAUUAUCGUGGGAUCGGCGUUGUGUUGGAGUUUUUAUCGCAAGGAGACGAUAGUGCUGGCACCGACGACUGUAAACUUCUUCCUGGCAAUUUGGGUCUUUUGCUUGACGUUGAUAAGAAACGAGGAACUGAGGACUUACCACUUCACAUUGUUCCUGGAGUUGAGUGCCCUGGGACUUUGGGUGGCUCCCUUGUAUACCAUCAUCAAGGACGCAAACGCAUCGUCAGCCGGAUUCUCGAAAGCUGUUGUUGCGACUCUGUUCUUCGUCGCCCUAAACAUGUGGUUCCGUCUUCUCAACGUCCUUGGCAACAUGAUACUUGUGUGCGAGUACAAGCUCUGGCGUCGCCAUCGACCUGAACUAACCCUGGGCCAACGGAUCCUGUACAAAACCAUUACCGUGCUGGUAUUUUGGACGUACCCACAGAGUGUAGAACAAGUCUAUCCGGGGAAAUGGUGGUUCACGCGCCGACGAAACACCGUGCCUUGGGAAGUGUGA